AUGAAUGUCGACGUCCACGGACUUCGCUUGGCGGGUUGGGGGUGGAAUUUGGGGGGGUUUUUCGGCUCCGCUCUUUCCUUGGACAGAGGUUACUCUUUCAUCGCACCGCACCAUAGUCGGAGCACAAAUCUUGAGGUAGUCAACAGGAUCAGACCAAAAGAGCAGCGGUUUGGGAAAGAACGAUUUUCAACACAUCAUCUGUCGACAACAAUUGCAAUGGCGUCCGGCGACAAGAAGAUCAAAGUCUUGUUAUUUGGUCUUGGAGCAAUCGGUGGCUUCUACGCUUUCGUGCUUGGCAAGAAUGACAAUGUCUCGCUCUCUGUGGUCGCUAGGUCGAACUACGAUGCUAUCAAGCGAGAUGGCCUAACCAUUGAAAGCGACAACCACGGCAAACACAAGGCCAGCAUUGAUCACGUCUUUAAAUCCCCCUCUGAUGCGGAUUUCAAAUUCGACUACAUUGUUUGUGCUCAUAAAGCUAUCAAACCAGCAUCAUUCCCACCUCUAUUCAAAUCAGUCGCCGAUCAAAAAACGACAUUCGUAAUUAUACAGAAUGGAGUCGGUAAUGAGGAACCUUUCCGAGAAGUCUUCCCUUCUUCCACGAUUAUUUCCUGCGUUUGCUGGACUGGAGCCACUCAACAUAAAUCAGGUAUUAUCACACAUUCCACGAACGAACGACUCGAGAUGGGACUGUAUCCAAAUCCAACGAUAGAUUCUGCUCUAGAGCAAAAACGAUUGGACGGCUUCGCAAGCCUCCUCAAAGCCGGGAACAGCCCUUUCUCAAUCGAGGAGAAUAUUCAGAUUAAGCGUUGGGAGAAGGUUGUGUGGAACGUGGCUUGGAAUCCCCUCACAACACUCACUGGUCUUCAAGUUCAGAAGUGGCUCAAGACUUCGCCGGAAGCCAUGACCUUCACUCGGAAUCUCAUGGAGGAUGUGAUCAAGGUUGCAAGGAGGCUAGAUGUACCUCUCAAAGAUGGUCUUGCAGAAGAUCUCAUCAACAGAGUUCUACCUAUGCCGCUGAUAUUCAGCAGUAUGUAUGUGGACGCCAAGGAAGGAAGGCCGUUGGAGAUUGAUGUGAUUGUCGGAUUCCCGAUGAAGAAGGCGAAGGAGUUUGGGAUGGAUGUUCCGGCGCUGACAGCAGUCUAUGCUUUGACGAGCGCUGUGAACGCGAGGUUAGAAGAGGCGCAGGCGCAGGCGAGCAGGAGGGAGGCUGAUAGACAUGUUAUGAUGAGAGAUAGACGAAGGCGUGGUCUGCUCCCAAUGAAAAUGGAGAGUCAUGGAAGAGCCUCGUCCCUUAGUCAGCGAGGGCGCAAUCGGAUUGAGGCAUCUGCAUCUGCACCUCCGUUCUCCGUUCUGUUCUGUUCCUUCAUCACCACCAGUGCCUUGCGCACUUUUCUUCCGCCUGUGUUAUUAUCGUCUUGCAAAACGUCUGCGCCUGUUUCGGAAUUCGGACCGGCGACUGCGACUUGGACUGGCACCGGCACUUUUUCAACAGGCAGGCGGCGCACUGCCGCGGGACACAUAAUCACCAUGGCAUUUCAAGCGGCUCCUGAGAUGUUGCCAGUAAUGGUCGAAGCGAUGCGAGUGUCACUCAGAAGUAUUGGAUCGGCGGCGGCGGCGGCGGCGAGGACGGAAAAGAAGGCAGUGAGCAAGUCAGAAACACAUACCGACGCCGAGGCGAAACAGGUGCCAGUGAGGCAGAGGCAGCGGGCAGAGAUGCCAGAAUACAUGUCGACCGCACCACUUGGAGCUCUUCGACAUCAGAUGCCCUCUGCGUCAGCGCUUCAGCCCUCAUUCUCCACCGCAUCUAUACUUUCCGCCAUGCCUCGAGGCACGCUCCGCUAUGCGUCACCACUCACUCGCACUUUCUCAUCGCUGACUCCUCUAGCCCGAUCAUUCUCGACUACCACCCGCUUCGGACCUCUCACUCUGCGCGCACCAUCGAAGACUACUUUCGUGGGCUUCUCUCAGCAACGCACUCUCUUUGGCAGCUCGUGGGCAUCCAACAUGAAUCGCAACCUUCUCGCACAUCUGGAACAGACUGCCAACAACAAUCCUGGCAGUGCAACGGCCCAGAAUGCCUUCUAUCAAGCUUUGCUUCGCGCCAACAUGCCCGAGAUUGUUGUCGAGCGCUAUCAGACCGGACGCUACGCUACGAACCCUGCAAUCGACCAGACCUACACCAAGGCUUUGGAAAGAGUUGGUGCUGCUGAGCUUGGCGGGAGCGGACUUGGUGCAAUGAUGGGACGUACACCUGCUGGUAACUCGCACAAUCUGAGCAACGAGCAACUGCAAGCUAUCGGCCAAGCAGCGUCUAUGAAGGCGACUGGAGGCAAUGUGAGCAUUUCGAAGCAAGGUUCUGGCUCAAAGAGCGAGCCCUUGUACGUGGUCGUGGACGAGAGUACCAGCUCCACUAUUUUCAAGUGGGUCAAGUUCUUCUUCGUCUUUGGCUUGGUUGCCUACUGCGCUCUGGUCGUCUUCACUCUCUUGAUUGAGGCCACCGGCAUGCUUAAGCGGGCUAGCGCUGCACAAAUUGCCGAAGCGAAGCCUGAGCUACAGACUACCAAGUUCACCGAUGUCCACGGCUGUGACGAGGCUAAGGAGGAACUGCAAGAGCUGGUUGAAUUCUUAAAGGCGCCACAACGGUUUAGUACACUAGGCGGCAAGCUUCCCAAGGGUGUGCUCUUGGUAGGUCCUCCUGGUACGGGAAAGACACUUCUCGCUCGUGCUGUGGCUGGUGAAGCGGGAGUGCCAUUCUUCUACAUGUCCGGCUCUGAAUUCGACGAAGUUUAUGUUGGAGUCGGUUCCAGGCGCGUCCGUGAGCUGUUCGCUGCUGCUCGCGCCAAGAGCCCUGCCAUUGUCUUCAUCGACGAGCUUGACGCUAUUGGUGGCAAGCGCCACGAACGUGAUGUAGCAUAUGCCAAGCAGACACUGAAUCAGCUUCUUACAGAACUCGACGGCUUCGACCAAACCUCCUGUGUUAUCGUCAUUGGAGCAACCAACUUCCCGCAGUCUCUGGACAAAGCUCUUACUCGACCUGGACGUUUCGAUCGUAAUAUUCAAGUGCCGCUUCCCGAUGUUCGCGGACGUAUCGCCAUCCUGAAACAUCAUAUGCGAAACAUGAAGAUUGAUGCCUCUGUGGACCUUGCUGUUCUGGCCCGUGGCUGCCCUGGCCUCUCUGGAGCCGAGUUGGAGAAUGUAGUCAAUCAGGCUGCAAUACGUGCCAGCAAGAAUAUGCAGCAGAAGAUUACCAUCAAAGACCUGGAGUGGGCAAAGGACAAGAUUCUAAUGGGAGCUGAGCUGAAGUCGUUUGUUAUCCAGGAGAAGGAUAAGCUCAUGACUGCUUACCAUGAAGGCGGUCAUGCUCUCGUCUGCAUGCUGACCGAAGGUGCCAUGCCCCUAUACAAAGCAACGAUCAUGCCGCGUGGCCAUACUCUUGGUACUACAACGAUGUUGCCCGAACUCGACGAGAUCAGCCAAAGCAAGAAGCAGCUACUAGCAUCAAUCGAUAUUUCGAUGGGUGGCAAGGUUGCCGAAGAGCUCGUUUACGGCCCGAACAAUGUUACAACUGGUGCAUCGAAUGAUAUCUCGAAUGCAACACGCGUCGCAUAUCACAUGGUUACCCAAGCUGGUAUGAGCGACUUGCUUGGCAAUAUCGAUCUCGCCGACAACUACGCAGAACUCUCCACCAAGACCAAGGAGCAAAUUGAAGACGAGGUGCGGCGCAUUGUCGAAGAAGGCCGUCAGCGUGCUGUUAAGCUUCUGACUACUAACAGAGAAGCUCUCGAUCGCUUGGCAAAGGCGCUCGUUGAAUACGAGACCUUGACCAGAGAAGAGAUGGAAAUGGUUGUGCGAGGCGAGAAGCUGCCUGACAAGAUCAUCAGUGCUGAUGUUUCGGCACCGGUCAAGGCACCUGCAGCAGCAGAGCCUAAGGCCAAUGUGAUGCCGUCGCCUGUCGGUGGCAGUACUGGUUCAUUUGGCGCACCUCCUGGCCCGGCCGGCGAUGCUGGUGUGGCGGCAUCGACCAUAGAACAAAUUUCCAGCCUACUCGCGCUAUCGAGCGAUACUCUCGCUCAUAGCAUAGAUGGAGUCCGGAGCACAGACGCGAUGAUGGACGAGGAUCAGAAUUGGACUCCCAAUAUCCGGACCAUCGGAUCGAGCAUUUGUGUAUGUAUCUACGAGUACUCUUUCCAAAAGGCUUCACUCUUGAGUGUGUUCGCUUUCCAUUUACGCCACCCUUGCUACGGAGGCUCUAAGUACAUAAGCUGCAUGAUUGUACACGCACGCAUCAAAGCUUCUUGCUACCAGUCUGCAUGCACCAGAAACAAGGCUCUAUCUCUAGGCGUCAUGGUUGUGUAG